CCACUAUACAUGCUACCCAUUUCGUUUCGCUCCCGCUAAGGGAAAGCUAGGGUGCUAGUGGCACUGCGGUGUUACAUAAGCCAGCCGCACGCUGCACGCGAGGAAAGCCGUCAAGAAGGGGAUCUUUCCUUUCGCGACAGACAGGCAGAAAGACGGAAGGACAGACACAUAAUUACGACAGCAGCAACCACCAACACAACCACCACCAUCGACCACUAGAUUUCCUAAGACAGCCCACCACAACCACCAACACCACAACCAGUAACCUUUGCAACAAUGACUACAGCCCACAGACCGACCUUCGACCCAGCGCGCGGCAAAGAGCUUCCCAAAGGGCCCGCGUACCACCAACGCCUGCUACCCGCGCACACGAAGCUGAAGACGCGCCAGCCGGGGCAGGGCGGAGCAGCCGACAGCGAAGUCCGCGACCUACGCGCCGAGCUACUGGUCGCCGAGGCGGCCGCGAUCGCGAAAAGGGGAGGGAAGGGGAAGAGCGUGGAGGAGAAGGACGGCGGUGUUGCUAGCCCGUCUAAUAAGCGUGCGCUCGAGAAUGCGCCGGUCGACGAGAAUGGUGAGGGCGGGGCUGAGGCCGAUCUAGAGGUCAAACGGAGGAAGAUCCUGGAGGAGACGAGGGAUAUUGAUGCGGACUCGGAUGGCGAGGGCGGGGGCGGCGAUGGUGAUGGUGAUAGCAGUAGUGAGGAGGAGGAGGACAGUGAUGACGAGGAGGAUGAAACUGCGGAGCUGCUGAGGGAGUUGGAGAAGAUCAAGAGAGAGCGUGCGGAGCAGAGGGAGAAGGAGGAGCGGGAGAAACAAGAGGCCGAAGAAGCACAGAAGGAGUUCGAUAUCGCCAGAGGAAACCCGCUGCUGAACCCGAAAUCUGCGGCGGACUUCAACGUUAAGCGGAGAUGGGAUGACGACGUCAUCUUCAAGAACCAAGCGCGCGGUACGGAUGAGAGGGGCAAGAAGAAGGAGUUUGUCAACGAUCUCUUGAGAUCCGACUUUCACAAGAAGUUUAUGAAUAAGUACGUCCGUUGAUGGAGCGGAAAGUGGGAUAAAUGUGUAUAACCAUAGCGAGCGUUCAUUCCAUUCUACGUUCAUUUUCGGGAGUGAUUAUUUUUUUACAGACCAGAC